GAUUAGAUGAUGGUCAGAAUUAAAACUACUUCUGCUGCGGCUCUUUCUGUCUGACUGUGUCUCCUUUUCUUUGAUUUCGCUCUUUAAAAUGGCAUCCAUUCGUUGAUAUUUUUCCCCUUUGAUACUGUGGCAGCGAUGCUUCUUUUCCCGUUACCUCGCGCGUUGUUGCUGUCUGUUUUUGUGUAUGGGGUUUCGAAUGCGGCGCCUACUGCUACAGCGAGCGCGGGGAACCCUCAAUCGACGGCUUGUGGCGAUAUUGUGAAUGAUCCUAGGUCCAAUGAUCCGAAUCAAAAUGCAGUCUUUAACGCAAGUCUCAUUUACGAAUGUCUGACCAGCGUCCCCUUCAACCCCGCAGUCGCUACCGAUUUCAUCCAAUACUACAACGACACAAUCCAAUUCCAAAGCACGCUUCAAUACCUCAAGGACCCGCCAACAAGCUAUCAACAGCCAGGUGUAGAUCUCGUAGUCGGGUUAGCGAAACUGCAAGCUGGCGUCAACAAUGCUGUUUUUCAAAAUCAGUACGAGUUCGAGGCCGCGCUCGCUGCUCUCCUUUACGCAGCUCACGAUUCGCAUCUAGUGCUGGAUUCUGGCAUCCUAGCAGCAUUCAGUUUCGGGAGUCCAACGGAUCUAGUCUCGGUUUCGACAGAUGGCGUACAGCUCCCGAAAGUGUAUAUCGCAACAGAUAUCGCGUACGGAGAUGGAAGUUUCACUCCAUCUCCCAUUACGACUAUCAAUGGCCAGAACGUCGUUACGUAUCUAGAGAACUUCGCUGCUAUGAAUAGUCUAGGAGGUCUAGAGGCUCACACAGACUGGAACCAGCUCUUCUUCAGCGCUGCAGAGGGUAUCCAGGAUGCGCCUAAUAUCUUUACUGGGGAUUCGACGUUCUACCCUGGAGAUACCAUUACCUUCGUUUUCGAGAAUGGGACCUCGAUCACGGAGUAUUUCCUAGGUGUUUACUAUAGCCAGGGAAAUACGGGACCAUUGGAAACCGGAGGGGAUUUCUUCAAUUUUUUCGUUCUGGGCAUUUAUCCCGAUUCGUAUGAUCCGGAUUUGAUUGAUAAUAAUACGGUGAAUAUCACGGCUUCGUCGGCGAGUGUGUCGGAUGCGCCAGAGGCCACGUCGACUGUUCUGUCGACGAGUGGGACGUCGACUGUUACCGAGGUGUUUCUGGGAGGGGCAAUUAUUUCGAUAGGAGGGUUUGCUGUUACUACGACGGCAACGGAGACAGCUGCUUCGGCGGCGACUUCGACUGCGGUUUCGAGCUGUAUUGGGUUGGGUUCUGACUUCUAUCCUGCUUGUGCAGAUGUUGCGCAAGCGGACUUGGUCGAUGAUGGACCUGGUGUGACAGGAUAUUUCCUCCGAAAUGAUUCUAUUGCCGUUCUCAGCAUUCCCAACUUUUACACUCCAACAGAUGACAGCUUAGCGGAUUUUGAUGCCGCAAUCGCCGAAUUCAUCACAAGCAGUAAAGCAGCAGGAAUGACCAAGAUCGUUGUCGAUCUCCAAUCCAACGAAGGUGGAGAACCUCUUCUUGCAAUCGAUACGUUCAAGCACUUCUUCCCCAACAUCGACCCUUAUGGCGGUUCUCGUCUCCGGGCCACCACUCCUGCCAACGUCAUGGGCCAAACUCUCACAUCCGUCUUCCAAAAUCUCUCUUCGACAGAUACAGAUGACGAUCAAUAUUAUCAGCUGGUUGACAGCGAAUGGGUCGCUACUACCAAACUGAAUGCGAACACGAACCAGACUUUUGCCUCCUGGUCAGAGUUCUUCGGUCCGUCGGAGAUUGAUGGGGAUUUCUUUACGACUCCGCAGAGAUAUGAUUUGAAUAGUGAUGAUUUUGUGGCGGCGAGUUUUGAUGAUACUGUUAGUAAUUUUACGGUGUUUGGGUAUAGUGAUCAGAAGGCGGCUUCGAGUACUGCGCCUCCUUUUGCGGCGGAGGAUAUCAUUAUGCUGUCCGAUGGUAUUUGUGCCUCUUCAUGUGCCCUAUUCAUGGAAAUGAUGCAUCAUGAAGCCGGUGUUCGCGUUGUUGCAGUCGGUGGUCGUCCAACAACAGGCCCAAUGCAAGCACCAGCCGGAACCAGAGGAGCAAUCCAAUACGAUACAGACAACCUCGACGGCAGUAUCAGUUCCGUUCAGACAGUCCUCCAACAAAACUUGUCACCCGAACAAAACUUCCUUCCCAACCGCUCCGAUACUGGAGAUGUGUUCGUGACUUACGCUAGUGUCAAUCUCCGUGACCAAGUCAGGAUCAACGAAACAACACCUUUACAAUUUGCCUUCGAAGCUGCUGAUUGCAGAAUUUUCUAUACUAUCAACACAGUAUUCAACUAUACCCUCCUCUGGAAAUACGCCGCGGACGCAAUAUGGACCAACCCCUCUCUCUGCGUCGCAAAUUCAACCGGCUUCGCAACCGCCGCCAACGCUCCCUCAAACUUCAUCACCGGUCCCAACGGCACGGUCUCGAAACCCCAAGUCCUAACAAUGGGCCAAAUAGCCUCCAGCCUCAGCAUCACCAAUACCUCCCUCCUCGACCUCGACACCGACACCACCCUCUACGACUUCAUCCCCUCCGCGCUCUCAGACCCGCCCACACCCUGCAACGCGGAUUCGGACUGCAUCGCCGAAGAAACGAGCGAAGCCUGCCUAUCCAACGUGAACUGCGACCGUCGCCGCUGCGUGAACUUCACCGACGCGUGCGGCGUCACCAGCGGACAAUGCCUUACCGGGUGCACAAAAUUGAAGAGUCUGUGUGGGCCCAAUAGAGCAGUUUGUACGGAUGGACUGGCGAUCUUCCAGACGGCGAAUAAGGCGACGGUCGAGCCGGGGCAGGGGAUCUGUCCGUGGAAAGCUGCGUGUAAACCGGUGGGGAAGACGAGGAAAAAGGUUGUGGGGUCGAGUCCGAUUAAGAGUAAGAGCACGAGUGGGGGGACGAAGAAACCUUGAGAUUUUGCAUAGUUGAGUAAUUUUUGAACAGACCUUCACAGCAUCUCUCUCCGAAGAUGUCGUCUGUUGCACGUACUUCGCUAAGUGAUCAAUCUCCGGUCCUGAAUGGCCACCUCACAUCAGCAAGAACUCUCUUUUCUAGCCAGACUUUCGAGAUGAGAUGAUAUUUAACAUGAGUAUCCAAAUACUUUGCCUACUCAAAGUCCAUAACCAAAAACGCGAUCCUAGCACGCAUUAGAACACUAGUCCGCUUUGAGCGUUAUCUUAAGUACAAAGGCUGUCAGCUCUUGGCAUUAUAAAUAAAA